GAUCGACGCUGCCACGUCAAAGUGAGACGGAGUGAAUGAAGUGGCGUUUUUCGGCAUUUUCGUAGAGCUUCGUCUUCCGAGAAGUUGACUCUUUUUAUCGAGUCAAUUUAAUUCAAAAUGCGUGUCUUACUAUUUACGCUCCUAGCCCUCGUGGGCUGUGCCCUCGGAGACGAAGUUCCCACAGAAGAAAACGUUCUCGUCCUAUCCAAAGCGAACUUUGAAAAUGUUAUUUCCUCAAACGACUUCAUCUUAGUGGAAUUCUAUGCCCCGUGGUGCGGUCACUGCAAAUCGCUCGCUCCCGAGUACGCCAAGGCCGCCACCAAGUUGCUGGAGGAAGAAUCUCCGAUCAAACUUGCCAAAGUUGACGCAACUCAGGAGCAAGACCUCGCCGAAAGCUUCGGAGUUCGCGGCUACCCUACACUCAAAUUCUUCAAGAAGGGCAACCCUAUUGACUACACAGGUGGUCGCCAGGCUGACGAUAUUGUCGCUUGGCUGAAGAAGAAGACUGGUCCCCCUGCCAUUGAAGUCUCCUCAGCGGAACAGGCCAAGGAGCUCACUGCUGCAAACACUGUUGUUGUGUUCGGUUUCUUCUCCGACAAGGAGUCUGAGAAGGCUAAGGCUUUCUUGGGUGUUGCCAGCGGCAUUGAUGACCAGAUCUUUGCUAUCGUCAGUGACGAGAAAGUUAUCAAGGAGUUGGAAGCCGAGGACGAGGACGUUGUUCUAUUCAAAAACUUUGAAGAGCCCCGCGUUAAGUAUGACGGUGAGAAGUUCACAGAAGACUUGUUCAAGACCUGGGUGUUCGUACAAAGCAUGCCCGUCAUUGUUGAGUUCUCCCACGAGACCGCUUCCAAGAUCUUUGGUGGACAGAUCAAAUACCACCUUCUCUUGUUCCUGUCCAAGAAAAAUGGCGACUUCGAGAAGUACCUCGACGAACUCAAGCCUGUGUGCAAGAACUACCGCGACAAGAUCAUGUGCGUCGCCAUCGACACCGACGAGGAUGACCACCAGAGAAUCCUGGAGUUCUUCGGCAUGAAGAAGGAUGAGGUUCCUUCCGCCCGUCUGAUCGCCCUGGAACAAGACAUGGCCAAGUACAAGCCCGCCUCCAACGAACUGAAUGCCAACAGCAUCGAGGAAUUCAUCCAGUCGUUCUUCGACGGCAAGCUUAAACAGCACCUGCUCAGCGAAGAGUUGCCCGAGGACUGGGCCGCCAAGCCAGUCAAGGUGCUGGUCGCCACCAACUUUGAUGAAGUCGUCUUUGACGAGAACAAGAAAGUGCUCGUUGAGUUCUACGCCCCAUGGUGCGGCCACUGCAAGCAGUUGGUGCCGAUCUACGACAAGCUAGGAGCGCACUUCGAGAAGGACGAUGACGUGGUGAUCGCCAAGAUCGACGCCACCGCCAACGAGCUGGAGCACACUAAGAUCACCUCAUUCCCUACCAUCAAGCUUUACACUAAGGACAACCAGGUCCGCGACUACAACGGCGAGCGGACGCUGGCCGGACUCACUAAGUUCGUUGAGACCGACGGCGUGGAGGCUGAGCCCACACCAAGCGUGAGCGAGUACGACGAAGACGACGACGUGCCGGCCAGAGACGAGUUAUAAGCCCACGGCGGCGCCCGCUCUCAUGAGACUUCCAUAGAAUAGUUCUGUAUAGAUUAUAAUAUUUUUUACUUAAUCCGACACUAACCUUCGCAUUUCAUUCGCUAGCUGUUGAAUAGUUCUCUAAAACAUAGGUUGUUUCUUGUCUCCUGUAUUGAUAUUGAAGGAAUACUCGGGUUUCAUCGUCGCGCGGUCAGAUCUCUCAACGUGCCCUUUUAUUUAUUCGGAUAAUAAAUAACUUAUUUCGUAAGAUAUCAGCAUAAUUAAUUUUAUGUACGAUACGAAUUGUAUUUAUAAUUUCUGUAUCAUAAUGGUAUAUAUUCUUUCACAUUCCUUAGUACAAGUUUCGUCGAACAAUUCGUUUUGAUUCAUUUUGUAUGAGUGAAACUAUUAUUUUUUUACUUUAAAUGCAGCUGUUGAGGUCCUCAUCACAAAAAUAUUUUAUAAGGUGAUCUUAUUGUAAUAUUGUUGUAUUUUUAUACGCAUUUUAUUUGUUUUUACAUAUAGUUAAGCUGUUGGGUUAUUCAUAGGAAGGUGCUUUCCUGUCAAACUUAUCAAGUAGUGACUCUAAAAUUGUGCAAUUCUUAUUAUGAAUUUGAAAUUAACUACAAUGAUGAAUGUAUAUAAAAUUCACAUCCAUAGUAAUCG